AUGUUGAUGCCUAAGAAGAACCGCAUUGCCAUUUAUGAACUCCUUUUUAAGGAGGGAGUGAUGGUGGCCAAGAAGGACGUCCACAUGCCUAAGCACCCCGAGCUGGCAGACAAGAAUGUGCCCAAUCUUCAUGUCAUGAAGGCCAUGCAGUCUCUCAAAUCACGAGGCUACGUGAAGGAACAGUUUGCCUGGAGACAUUUCUACUGGUACCUAACCAACGAGGGUAUCCAGUAUCUCCGGGAUUACCUUCACCUGCCCCCUGAAAUCGUGCCUGCCACCCUGCGCCGCAGUCGUCCUGAGACUGGCAGGCCGCGGCCCAAAGGUCUGGAAGGAGAGCGACCUGCAAGACUCACAAGAGGGGAAGCCGACAGAGACACCUACAGACGAAGCGCUGUGCCCUCUGGUGCCGACAAGAAAGCCGAGGCCGGGGCUGGGUCAGCAACCGAAUUCCAGUUUAGA